GUUUUGUCGCCUCCCGUGCAGGCGCCCAAUUCAGGGCACAGGCGAGCCGCUGAUCCGCAAACAUGGAUACGUCGUGAAGAUUAACUUCAAAUCUGCCAGUGUGGUCGACCUCGACAACGUCUUUGCUUCGGUACACCGAGGAAUGAUGAUUAAAAUCUCUGCCUUGCGGUCCGUGACGCGAACGCAAAUCUAAUCUUCAAACUGCUCGCAGCCUUGAAGAUUAAACUGUCUCGAACUGCAGAUUCGACAGAGUCUCAAAGUCAAAUACAAAUGAAGUCAAGCAAAUUGGAGACUUUCUAUCACCUGUUGGGCGAUUAUAGAAGACUUAUCCUCUUUACACUCUCCAAUGGGUUAUUUGCUGACAUCUAACGGUUAGCCCCAGGCAGAAAAAGCAAAGCGAAAGAACUCAGCAGAAGUUCCCAAAAACAGGAACAGAAACCCAAAAGCCGGUCUGACGGGUUUGCCGAGUGAUACCAGCUGAGCUGCCUUCAAGAGUGGCCAGAGGGAUGAAGACUCCUCGUCCUCCUCUUCCUCACCAGCGAGGACCACCUUCCUCCUCCUCCUCCUCCUCCUCCUCGUCACGUGGUGCCUCGAACGUCCUCACGAGCACGUGCAUCACGCACCAUCACAGGAGGUUCUACAAGGUUCUAGCAGGUCUAGCAGGUUGGAAUUCCUUCACGGAUGUUUGCGAGCAGCGAGCGGACUUCUCUGGAUUCUACUCGGCGUGUCUCCUUCCGCCGCAGGGGGGCGUCCAGCAGCGGGCGCAGCCGCGGCAUAAGUCCGCUGGAGCAGCAGAGGAGCCGGCGAGCAGGCGAGGCUGAGCAGCUUUAAUGAAGAAGCACAACUGCUGACCGACAGGGACCCUUGUCAACAAGAAUGGGGUCACCAUGGCAACCACUGCUCCUCUUCUCAGCCAUCACUGUUGUUUCAGAUGUUGCACUAGCGGUGGGGGUGCGGCCUAUUUCCUACGCUGCCCUGCUGAGGAUGAAAGCAGACAGCUCUUCUUCGCCACUCGGCCCCCGCGGGCGACCACAGCAGCAUCAUGGUGGGCAGCAUCAUGGUGGGGGGCCCGCACUGCCCGACUGGUCCGUCUUUGCCAGCCACCCUCAUCCUGCUAUGAACCUGCCGGACCCUCAGGAGGACCACACAAGUCAAGAAAGCCAAGAGUUGGGACUAGUUUUCAUUCGGGAGCCCGAGGAUGUGAUUUUCCCUUUGAGCGGCGACGGCAACAACAACGUGGUGAUGCACUGCGAGGCGCGGGGGAACCCUCCUCCCACGUACAGCUGGUACGUGAACGGCACCAAGCUGGACGUGGAGGCCCACCUGCGCUACAAGCUCAUCCACGGCCACCUGGUGGUCGCCAACGCCAGUCAGAGCGUCGACUCCGGGAAGUACCAAUGUCGCGCCCACAACGCUUUUGGCGCGGCGCUCAGCCGGGACGCCCUUUUGCAGUUUGCAUAUCUUGCAGAUUUCAGCAAGAAGAGCCGAGGUGGCGUCUCGGUGCGUGAAGGUCAAGGUGUUGUGCUGAUGUGCUCGCCCCCCCCUCACUCUCCAGAGAUCAUCUAUAGUUGGGUGUUCAACCACUUCCCGUCCCUGGUGGCGGAGGACAGCCGGCGCUUGGUGUCUCAGGUGACAGGGAACUUGUACGUGUCCAAGGUCCAGCCCUCCGACGUGGGCAGCUACAUCUGCCUGCUCAAGAACACGCUCACCAACGCCCGCGUCCUCAGCCCGCCCACGCCGCUCACCCUCAGAACUGACGGAGUGAUGGGAGAAUACGAGCCCAAACUGGAAGUCACCUUCCCCUCAUCCCUGUCAGCUGCCAAGGGUGUGACCGUCACCCUGGAGUGUUUCGCCCUGGGCAAUCCAGUUCCAACCAUUACGUGGAGGAAACUGAAUGGCAACAUUCCCAAGAAGGCCAGACUUCGCAAGUCUCAGGCACUUCUGGAGAUUCCUGACAUCCAGCUGGAGGACUCGGGGACCUACGAGUGCAAAGCUGACAAUCCUCGAGGAGGAGUCACCUUCAAAGGACUUCUACAGGUCUACGCGUCACCAGAGUGGGUGAAGAAGAUGGAGGACAGGCGGGUGGACAGUGGAGAGACUCUGCAGUGGGAGUGCAAGGCCACAGGGAGACCCAGGCCCACAUAUCGCUGGUUACGUAACGCUUUACCUUUGACGUCGCAGGGUCGAAUAGAGGUGGUGAACGGCCAGCUGACCAUCCACCAAGUGCAGCCUGCAGACUCAGGAGUGUACCAGUGUGUGGUGGAGAACACCCACGCUGCACUCUACGCCAACGCUGCACUCACCGUUUUAGCAUCACCGCCCGUCUUCUUGGCCAACGCCGUGCGAGUCAUGGCCACACUUGGCAAGGACGUGUCCAUGGAGUGCAAAGCGCGGGCGUCGCCCAGAGCCAGGAUGACGUGGCAGCGAGGAGAGCGCAGGAUCCAGCCCAGCAGAAGGUUCCUGCUGCAGAGGAACAACACUUUGAAGAUCGUCAAUGCCAGUCGGGCGGAUGAAGGGGAGUAUGUGUGCCGGGCGGAGAAUCAGCUGGGCUGGGCGGAGAUGUCGGCCAUCUUGUGGGUCAAAGAGGCCAUGCGUGUGGAAGUGAGUCCCAGCAGCGUGGAGGUGACAGUGGGAGAGAGUGUGGUGCUGAGCUGCAAGGUGUCACACCACACCUCCAUGGACCUCACCUUCCUCUGGACCUUCAACCAGCAGCCAAUCACCUUCAAGCAGGCAGGAGGACACUUUGACUACAUCCACACUGUCAGAGCAGAGCACACCUCCACGGUGGAUCUGAUGAUCAGGAGUAUUCUGCUGAUGCAUGCUGGGAAGUACGCCUGCAAGGCUCACACCAGCGCUGAAACCGUGGCUGCGGAGGCGGAGCUUCUGGUUCGAGGUCCUCCCGGCCCCCCUGGAGUGGCCAUCGUGGAGGAGAUCAGUGCCACCAGUGCCAGCCUGUCCUGGAGGCGUGGCCUGGACAACCACAGUCCCAUCAGCACCUACCAGCUGCAGGCCCGCAGCCCCUUCUCCAUGGGCUGGCACAGCGUCCAGACGGACCCAGAGUCUGUGACUGGAGACCUGGAGGCGGCCAUGGCGGUGCAGCUCAACCCUUGGGUGGAAUACCAGUUCCGAGUGGUGGCCAGCAACGCAAUCGGAACUGGAGACCCCAGUGCACCUUCGAGAGGGGUCCGCACUAAAGAAGCAGUGCCGUCUGUGGCGCCCGCCAAGGUGAGCGGUGGCAAUGGUCGCAGGCACGAGUUGGUCAUCUCCUGGGAGCCCGUGUCAGAAGAGUUCCAGAACGGUGAAGGUUUCGGGUACAUCGUGGCGUUCCGUGCUAACGGCAGCAGAGGGUGGAAGGAGAAGAUGGUGACGUGUGCAGACUCCGCCUCCUACAAGUACCGAGAUGAGACCUUCCCGCCUCUCACCGCCUUCCAGGUGAAAGUGGGCGUGUACAACAACAAGGGGGACGGUCCUUUCAGCCAGGUGGUCAUCAUCCACUCUGCAGAGGGCGAACCCAGGGAGGCGCCAUCAGACGUCAAGGCCUCCGCCAUUUCCUCUUCACAAAUAAAGGUCACGUGGACGCCACCACAUCCUGGUCCUGGAAGACCCCGAGGCUUUGAGGUGAGCUCCUGGAAAGAUACGGAGAAGGAAGAGUCAGGAUGGAAGCAGAGAACCUUGAAGAACGAGACCUCCAUGGUGCUAGGAGGUCUAGAAGGAAACACAGGUUACUUCAUCAGAGUCCGAGGCUUCAACAACAUCGGCCAAGGUCCUGCCAGCGACACCAUCUCUGCCCACACCACGAAAGCCCCUCCUUUGCAACCUCCAAGCAACCUGCUGUGGAUCCAAGAGGGCAACAACGUGUCUUUAAGUUGGGACCCGGUCAAGGCCAAGGACAACGAGUCUGAAGUCAUCGGGUACAUGGUGUUACUGAAGCAGGAGGGCAAAGGUCACCGCCAGGUGAGCCGCACCAUCAGCCCGUCCAGCACACUCUCCCUUCCUGAGGGCGGCACCUACGUCAUCCAGGUGCGAGUCCUCAGUGCGGGUGGGGAAGGAGUGUUGUGCUCACAAGUACGACUUGUCACGUCUUCUGGUGUGCGGGUGAAGAGCGGCCAUGUUUCUUUGCACGUGUGCAGAGAGAAGCUGACGUGGACCAUGCUGAUCCUCCUUCUGGUGCCUUCAGCUUCCUGGUGACACCUCCUGUCCUCCUUCCUGGUGACACCUCCUGUCCUCCUUCUUCCUGGUGAGACCUCCUGUCCUCCUUCCUGGGGGAGAAGAACUGGCUGCUCUUCUGCUCUGUGAUUCCCGAGGACUUCUGGAAGAACCGGACGGUGUGGAAUAGAAAAGCGCCGUUUGGUUUGUCCUCUUCCUGGCUGCUGUGGUGCUCCGUGCGAGGGCGACCACGGACUUCUUCAACCUUUGGUACCGUCUCUCAUGGACUCACUCCCAGACUGCCAGGUGUGGACAAUCCCUGGAGAUCUGCCAAGUCAGCACAACCAGGAUUACCCCCCCCCCAAGACCACCUUGAGGUCAGAACUCUCAGUAGUCCUUCUUUUGGUACUCGCCCACCUUUUUCUACGCAACUACUUCCUGUUUUCUACUCCCAGACCAGAACUUUGACUUUGUGGUUUGUUGGACGUGAGAAAGUAGUGAGAGUGAAGCUCUGUAGCGCCCCUGCUGGCAAAUAAAUGUCACGUCUAUUUUUAA